GGCUCGAGAGUCAGUCCCCAUUUGAAGGCUGGCAUGCAUCACUCACUGCGUCAUUUGAUAGAGCAUUCAGAUAUAUGAAGGCCGAAUACAGCGAUAACGCCAAGCAGCCACAAUCUAUUUGACAAAGGAUUGUUGAACAAAGACGGUUAAAGCUGAAAGUUCGAUAACCCUACUCUCGAAGCAGGUGGGAGGUGUUCUCUCGAUAAAUACGUAUGAACAGCCCUGAGCUCAGUUAGUCUGCAGAUGCCUCUGAGCGCAAACAGGUCAAGUGCCGCUUUUCACCGAGUAAUUCAUUGCAAAUGUCGUGCUAAGAGAGGGCAGCCGUCCGCGAGUAAGUCGUGAAGAUAUUCCAGAAACGAAAUAGGAGGUCCGGCGAUGGAUAAAGAGGACGUCGACGAGGAAUCGGCCGCACGGAGCGGCCUUCCGGCCAUCUGUCGCGCCUACAGCGCCGAGAAAGGUGGCUGCAUGCACCCCAACUGUCCAGCCCUUCACCUGUGCCUGUCCUUCGUUUUGCAUAACAAAUGCAAAGCCGGAUGUGAUAAAGAGCAUACGCUGGGAAGUUCUAGAAACAUCUCACUUCUGGAGCAGGCUGGGUGGGAUGUUCAUCACGACCUGAACCUGGCGAUGGAAGAACUCCGGAAGCAGGAGUACCGCAAUGCUUUCGGCGUGUGCAUGAGGUACAAUCUCGGCCGCUGUGCUACCACCAGAUGCACCCGCUUGCACAUCUGCUACCGCUACGUCCUCGACGACUGCCCGCUGGAGGUCUGUAACCUCAGCCACAAGCUGAAGAGCGUCCCACAUAACGCCAAGCUCCUGAGGGCCGCAGAUUGGUCCACCGAGCCCGAUACGACACUUCUGCUGAAACUUCGAGAAAGCUGCUCUCCUCCGAAGCCCGAGGUCUGCAAAAUGAUGUUCAGCCGGCCGUCGGGCUGCGAGGGUCACUGCAUGAGACUUCACUGCUGCGAGCAAUUCACUCGAGGUAACUGCAGGUACGGCGACAAGUGCAAGCUCAUUCACGAUCUGCACGAUGAUGAAGACGAGGAUGGUCGGCACAAUCAGCGCGUGCUGUCGUUUUUCGGCUGGAGCGUCAGUGAAGCUCUGGAGGAAAUGGUUGUCAGGCGUCAGAGAAAGCCUCCAAGGCGUCGACAGGCAGUGAUGGCGAUUGGUGAUGAUGAUGGAAAGGCGCAGUGACGAUGACGGCGAUGACGAUGCUGAUGACGGCGACGGUGACGAUGACGAUGACGUACUAAGAAAAAAGUAAAGAGUAUGCUUUAGUAUGUGAAGAUGAGAAGUGAUUUAUCUAGUUUCUGUGUCCGUCCUUAACAUAAAUAUUUAAUAUUGUGCAGCUAUCGCCUGUCGUUGUGUUAUGUUCUAAUUGAUAAGGCCUGGUUAGUGGUUAUACGUUACUCAGUAAUGCUAUGCUAUCGUUAGCCUAAAAAUAUUUUAUUGUUAUUGUUUGUGAAGACCUACAAUCAAGAAUGCCUUAUCGCACCUAAACUCAUUGUUACAGCUGGUUCAUUCGUCGGUUGUUUGUUGAAAUGCACAGAAAAUACACGUAUUUGCUGCA